CAGCAGCAGCGGCGGCAGCAGAAGCAGAGGAGACUCAGCUGACGCGGCGGUGCUGGAAGAGGAGGAAGAGGAGGAAGAGGAGGAGGAGGAGGAGAACACAAAAAGAGGUUGCUGAAGCCAUGGAGCAGAUGUGAGUGCUGAUCCAUGGAUGGCCAGUUACACUCCAGUUACACUCCAGUUACACUCCAGUUACACUCCAGUUACACAGAGCUCCAACAUCAUGAUAAGUCCAGUUUCCUCCUCAGACUCUGUUGUAGCUGCUCUUUAUCUAUCAUCAUGGUGAGAGAGAGAGAGCUCCUGGACCUUGACUCUGUUGCCAUGGUGACCCUGUAGUGAGAAUGCUGGCGAUCACAUAAAAAGAUCCAGGUAACUAUUUCAAUCUGCUGCCAUGGCGAUGCUGUAAGGACGCCCUGUAUAGUCGUUAGCCUGUUGCUAUGGUGAUCCUGUAACAAAGCAGCAGCAGUCGCCAUGGGAACGUCCAGGAUGUUCCGUGUUUUCGUCAUCCUGGGCUCAGCCUUCAUGAUCCUCCUCAUCAUCAUCUACUGGGACGACGUGGGAGCCUCUCACCUGUACUUGCACACUCCCGUGUCGCCUGGUCCCAAAAUCCCGCAUCCCCCCCCGGAGCAGCGGACCCAAACCUCCAGAACCCCGUCCUUCCUUUCCGACAUCGACGCCUUUGUUAACCAGUUCUUAGAACCGGGAACUGGUGAGCCCACGGACCCCGCCCCCCUAGACACGGGCAACCAAUCAGACAAAGCAGAAGAGCCAUAUGUUCCACGAAGGGAGUGGAAGAUUCACCUGACGCCAGUGAUAGCAGAGCUCCGUCAGAGACAGGAGCAGCGGCGGCGGUUACUGCAGGAGAUGUGUUCCAAUGACAGCGUCGUGUUUCCUGGCAAAAACCGCUCGUUUGAUGACAUACCCAACAAAGAGCUCGAUCACCUCAUCGUGGACGACAGGCAUGGCAUCAUCUACUGCUACGUCCCUAAGGUGGCGUGCAGUAACUGGAAGCGGAUCAUGAUUGUCCUCAGUGAGAGCCUGCUGCAGGACGGUGUUCCUCAGAGAGACCCGCUGGCCAUCCCCAGAGACCUGGUCCACAACAGCAGCAUGCACUUCACCUUCAACAAGUUCUGGAAACGCUACGGGAAGUUUGCGAAGCACCUCAUGAAGGUCAAACUGAAGAAGUACACCAAGUUUAUUUUUGUGCGGGAUCCCUUUGUGCGUCUCAUCUCUGCCUACCGGAAUAAAUUUGAGCUCCGCAAUGAGGACUUCUACCGGCGCUUUGCAAAGGUCAUGCUGCGUCACUAUGCCAACCAGCCGACGCCUCCCGCCUCUGUGGACGAGGCGUUCGCCGUGGGUGUCCAUCCCUCCUUCUCCCACUUCGUCCAGUACCUGCUGGACCCUCAGACAGAGAAAGAGGCGCCGUUUAACGAGCACUGGCGCCAGGUCUAUCGGCUGUGCCAUCCGUGCCAGAUUCAGUAUGACUUCGUGGGCCACUUGGAGACGGCGGAAGAUGAUGCUGAGCAUCUACUCCGCCUGCUGCGGGUGGACAACGUGGUGGAGUUUCCCACCACGCACAGGAACCUCACAGCCAGCAGCUGGGAGGCUGAUUGGUUCAAUGCGGUCCCUGUGGAGACAAGGAGAGAACUUUACAAGCUGUACGAACCUGACUUCAGGCUAUUUGGCUAUGACAGACCAGACUCCAUUCUCAAUGAGUGACUCAAGUUUCUACAAAACUGACCCUUACCUGCACAGACACGUUGUUUUUAAAAAAAAUAAUGAAGCAAAGUUCGCGCCUACAACCCUUUGCUCUGGCCUUUUGCAGGUGUGUCGUCUGUUCUACAUGGAAAGUGCACAUCAUUGAGGACACCCACGCCUCUUAGGGAAGCACACUAAUAACGCAAAGCCAGGUAACAGCCAUGAACCAUCGCUGAUUUCUUUAUCUUUAUUAAAUUUACAAAGACGAUUAGAAGCACAAGUCAGAGUGAGGACAGUGACAUUUGGGUUGUGCAGACAGUGGGUGUCCCUCAUGUGCUGCCCAUGUGGUGUAGUCCUCAAAGGGAUUGUUCAGGUUUCGUGGUGCGGUUGUAUGAGCAUUGUUAGCACUGACGUUUGCCAUGAACCAGCCUGUGACAUGGACACUAGAACCUGAAUUUAGACACUUAAAGUUAGGGUUGGAGAGCCUGGAAAACAGGCUACAUUUGGAAUUCAAAGGUUCAAGCCCCCUUUCUGCAGACUACACCUCCAGAGCAGUACUCUUUGGUGACGCUAACCUUUUUGGAUAUGAAAAACAACAAAUACUCUCAAAAGAUCACAAAGACAUUAAGUGAACCCACCUGUCCAGUAGAAACAGGGCCUCCAUGUCAUCACUUCAGGGCUGUUCAAACGCAGCACCGACGUUCACUCUGGUCUUGGAUCGCUCUGCAUCAGCCUUUUUCUUGGCAGUUGCUUUCCCAAAAAAACAUUAGUUUGCAACCAGCACCUGUUGUUGGCAACUUGUCUCGUUGAACGUUUAGCAAGCUAGCAUAAGCUCUGGCGUUGUCUUCUGAGCACGAUUAAUGCACAAAGAGGGGUAUGCGCAUGAAAAUCCAAAGAAUAAUCUCCCAUCCUACCUUUGUCUAUAAUAUCUUAAAAAUGUUGUCUAUGCUUUUCGUACUUGAAACUAGUUUGUAAGCGACACCAAAGUCCAUAGAGAAGAAGAAUCAUGAAGUUUGUUAAGUUUCUAUCACUUUAUACAACAAUCGUUUCACAUUUCAAAGUCACAAAAAUAAUACAUUAGGACAAAGUAAAGCAGGAGGAGUCGAUUACUUUGACACGUGUUCUAAAGAUAUCACUUAAGCAGUUAUGGAUAUCAUUCCAGGACCCGUCUAAUUUAUUAGGUUAUAUAAAUCUGUGAGGUGUGUAUUUUCAGCAAGUGUAUGUGUCCAUGCGUCAGGCUGGGUGAUGGUGUUUGCAGAAUGCUGCGGGCACACUCGGAGACGUCAGUGCUGACAGUUUGUCAAAACCUCGUAGAAUCGUACUGUACUUUAAAAAAAAAAAAAAAAAAAGGGACUAUAAAAACUUUAAAGCAACACCAUGUGAUUUUUGCGAGCCAUGCUGUUGCUGUAGCAAACACACCACAGCAAGUAUUACACCUGAACUGGUUCUGACCAGGAUGAAGUUUUGCAGCGUUCACUCACUGAACCAUCAGUGCAAGGACAAAGGUUCAGUUACACAGUGGGAAUGGUCGAGGCUCCAUUCUCUACUAUUCUAAGUCACCGAGCUGGAAGCCGUUAUUUUUACAGUGAACAAAACGUCGCAUAGUGUUGCUUUAAUCAAAGCUUGCGCUUGUGUUACUGAUGUCAUGUGUGACGCCGCCUCUUACUUCACACUCGUGAUGUCACAAAAAUAAAAGAACCUCACAAACGUUUGGGUUUGUGGCGUCGCCUCAGCUGGAGCUCACUGAAAAACAAGGUGUCACUAGAUCAGUUUAUUAUGCGUUAGCUCUCAGCUAAUUUAUUUUACACUGUGUAAGUGCAAUGUUUUAUUAUUUAUGCAUGAAGCGGAUUUUUUUGUGCGUGUGUUGAACUCCUACUCACAUCAGAAACGGGCAGAAAUGAUUUCUACACAUACGUAUACAUACAUAUAGGCUAUAUAUAUAUAUAUAUGUAUAUAUAUAACACAUAAAAUACAGCUCCACUACUGUCUUCAGCCGUGGUGGAUUAGGUGACAGCAUGAACAUGCGGGAGUUCAGAGGAAAGAUAUGCAGCGUCGCCUCGUCCUGUAGAAGCACAGCAGCUCCGGUGAGCUCUUCACUGAACAGCUGGAUUUGUCUCAGCUUGUCUUUGAGGAUUAAAACUGGAGUUUCGACAUUCUUUUUGAUUUCGGCUCAUCUGUAGGUCCACGAGCGAGCUCCCAGCGCAAACAGGGAACGCUUGCUCUCGUCACGUCCUGUUAUUGGAAGCAUUUGAUCGUCUCUGUGUUUCCAUGCACAAACUGAACUGUAGUGGGUGGAAAAGCUGGAGACCGCAGCAGUGUUUUAAUGAUAUGCUGAUUUAAUAGCGAGGAGAUGAACACAUAACGCCAAGUGUUAUUCAGAAGGUGCAGUGCUACUAUGUGGCAUUAAUUAACGCCACAGGUUUUAAUUACAAGUACAACGUUGGUGUAAGAUGAGGCUUUACUUUUCAAGUAAAGGUUUGCCGAGGAUAAAAAUCACGUCUAAUCCCAUCACGACACGUGACUCAUGAGAAAGUAGUAGGAUGAAAAGAUAGUGCCUUUUGGUUGCAUAUGUUUUCAUAGGAGAAAAAAAACAACAGUAUUUUUGUAGGAGGACUUCAUUUUUACACAAGUCAGUGAGCACGAUAUGAAGCCACAGUGAUGAGCUGGACAUUGUUUAUGUUGUGUGGUUAUUGUUAGGGGGGAGGAGGAAAUAACAGAUCUUGUCUCUUUCUUGGAAUUUGUAGGAUUCCUGACUCUGUGUGUUGUUUAGAGUUGUUUUAUUGCUCUGUGUUUUCCUUUUUACCACAUCAGAUUUCUAUUUCGAUGUGAUUUUAUACCAUAGGUGAUGUCAUGGUUUGUGCCACGUCGUCCUCCUCUACAUGUACAUGCAGUGUUUACGCAGCAUUAUUGUCUUUUUGCCUCUUUUUGUUUUCUUACAGCGUGGGAUGUUUUUUGUCAGAAGGGCCACUGUUGUAAAUCUUUGACUUUUUAAUGGCUUAGUCCACACACAAAUUCACUGGAUUUAUGAAAACACCAGUCCCCCCACCCCCAGAUGAUGGCCAAGUUAACAGUAUUUUUAUAUCUCUUGUGUUUUUAUGUUCUUUUAUUGUUUUAUCUUCCGUGACUCUACUCUACUCUUUUUUUUAUUCUGCUGAAGUGCCAAACAACAAACAAUCGUAAAAAAACUGAAUUAUUUUCUAAAAAAAAACAAAGGCAAAAAAGGGACUACUUUUUAACAGAAUAAAAUCAGAAUAUGUUGGGCCUCAACAUCACUGCUUUAUUUUGGUUUGAGCUGGAAUACCAAACUUUGUCCUACAUUUUGACCUCAUUCCUCUUCAUAGCAUCAAAGAGUGGCGCACAUGCCAAAUUCAGUUUUUGUGAAACAUUAAUGUUGUUGUUUUUUUUGUCCCAUUGAAAUGGAAAAAUGCAAACUUUCAUCUGUAUUAUGAUGUUGUUCAUCACCUGGUCUUCAAAAUAAAGGAGGUGGGGCAUGACGGAA